AUGCUUCUAAACCAGCUGAAAGAGAUCACAGGAAUUCAAGAUUCGGCUUUCCUUCACGCAGCUCUAAAGGCUGCUAAUGGAGACCUGAUGGAAGCCGUCACCUUCCUGACGGAGGAGCACGCUCAGGAGCCGGCUCAGGACGCGACUGCUGCGGAGCCCUCCGCGUGGGAAGGCAGCGCCGUGGGCAAACAGCUCCCACCAAGUGUGACCCCUGCCCUCACCCCCGGCGACAGAGGCGACGCCUUCGGACCACUGGAAUCCCCAAAAGCUCGGGCUGCAGAAAGAGAUGCUGCUGAAAGACCCCAGGAAGGACAUUCUGCCGAAAACAAAAAUCGCUCCAAAAGGAAACGCUGCGAAAUCUGGAGAGAGAACCCCAAGGAGAAUGACUGGAGAAGAGUGGGUGACUGGCCAGUUGGGAUGAAAAAUAUCGGAAACACGUGUUGGUUUAGCGCCGUCAUACAGUCUCUGUUUCAGCUGCCGGAAUUCCGGAGGCUGGUCCUUGGGUACUCCCUCCCACAAAACGUGCUGGAAAGCUGUCGUAGUCGCACUGGGAAAAGAAAUAUUGCGUUCAUGCAAGAACUUCAGUGUCUGUUUGCUCUAAUGCUGGGAACACGUCGCAAGUUUGUAGACCCGUCUGCAGCACUGGAACUCCUGAGGGACGCAUUCAGAUCCGCUGAAGAACAGCAGCAAGACGUGAGUGAAUUUACACACAAACUACUGGACUGGCUGGAGGACGCAUUCCAGCUUGCUGUGAAUGUCAAGAGCCCUGGGGACAAAUCUGAAAACCCCAUGGUACAGCUUUUCUACGGGACUUUCCUGACUGAGGGUGUCCAUGAGGGCAAUACAUUUUCCAAGAUCGAAACCUUUGGUCAGUAUCCCCUUCAGGUAAACGGGUAUCGAAAUUUGAACGAGUGCUUGGAAGGAGCCAUGGUGGAGGGCGAGAUGGAUGAGGCGACAGCGUCUCAGUCGGUGAAGUACGGACAGGAGCGGUGGUUUACCAAACUCCCACCGGUACUGACCUUCGAACUCUCCCGGUUUGAGUUCAAUCAGUCGCUGGGACAGCCAGAGAAAAUCCACACCAAGCUGGAAUUUCCCCGGACUAUUUAUAUGGACAGGUACCUCUACUGCAGUAAAGAGCUUAUUCAGAUGAAGAGAGAAGAAAUGAAGAGAUUGAAAGAGAAAAUGGUGAUGCUGCAGCAGAAGCUGGAAAGGUACAUGAAAUACGGCUCUGGCCCAGCCCGGUUCCCGCUGCCCGACAUGCUCCAGUACGUUCUCGAGUUCAUCGCUGCAAAGCCAGCUGGAGUCGUCCCUUCUGCUCGGAGCUGUCAGACAACACUCCUGCAAUCCCACACCGAGCCUCCUGUUCUGGACGUGCUUUCACAGCCAAACAGCGUACUGGAAAGGGAGGAUACCAGGACUGAAGACGAAGCUUUCUUUUUGGGAAAUUCUUCACCGCAGCAAAAAUCAAGUACACCGCUCCAGCCUUCUAUUUCACCCGCAGAAAUAUCUGAAUGUCCAGCUCCUCGCGUGGUUUCCGAGGAAGAGCUGAACCUCGUUCGGACAUGUCUGCAGCGAUGGAGAAACGAGAUUGAACAAGAUGUACAAGAUCUAAAGGAGUCUGUUGCCAGAAUCAACCUCUCCAUCGAGCAGAUGUACUGUGACCCUCUCCUCCAACAGGUUCCCUACCGCCUGCACGCAGUCUUGGUGCACGAAGGGCAAGCCAACGCUGGUCACUACUGGGCCUUCAUAUACGACCAGCCUCGGAAAAGCUGGCUCAAGUACAACGACAUCUCGGUGACAGAAUCGUCGUGGGAAGAACUGGAGAGAGAUUCGUUUGGAGGCUCGAAGAAUGCCAGCGCCUACUGUCUGAUGUACAUCAGCGACAAGGUGUCCCGGGGUGCUGCAGACAAAGAAGACGGCUCAGAGGCUGGGCAGUUCCAGAAGGAGGUCGAAGCCUUGCCCCUGGAGCUCAGACAAUACAUCCAGGAGGACAACUGGCGGCUGGAGCAGGAGGCGGAGGAGUGGGAGGAGGAGCAGUCCUGCAAGAUUCCUCAGAUGGAGCCUUCGCCUGCCUCAGAAUCGCAGGACCUCUCUUCCGAAUCCGGACCAGAUCAGUCGUCGGUCUGCGAGCAGAGCGUGCGCUCGCUGUCCUCAGAGCACGCCAUGAUCGCCAAGGAGCAGACGGCGAAGGCCAUCGCCAACACCGCUGACGCCUACGAGAAGAACGGCGUCGAGGCAGCACUCUGUGAGCCCAAGGAGGUAGAGCCCAUGAAGGUCCCUGCGGGAGAAACCACCCGUACAGUGCAGGCAGAGCAGCCACAGGACGCUCAGGAAGCAGAGCCCACUGCCCCGAGCAGCUCCCAGCUCUCGGAAGUGGAAAUCCCCAGUGUGGGGAAGAUUCCUGUUAGAUCCGAUGCAGAUGGAUAUAAUGAGGAGGUGAUGCUGAGCCCGGCCAUGCAAGGUGUCAUCCUGGCCAUUGCGAAAGCCCGCCAGACCUUUGAUCGAGACGGGUCUGAAGCAGGGCUUGUGAAGGCGUUCCACGAGGAGUACUCCCGGCUCUACCUCCUCGCCAAGGAGACCCCCACCCCCCAGAACGACACCCGCCUGCAGCACGUCCUCGUUUACUUCCUGCAGAACAACGCUCCCCAGCAGGUGGUGGAACGGACCCUUCUUGAGCAGUUUGCAGACAAAAACCUCAGCUAUGAUGAAAGGUCGAUCAGCAUUAUGAAGGUCGCACGGGCGAAGCUGAGAGAAAUUGGUCCAGAUGAUGUCGAUAUGGAGGAGUACAAGAGAUGGCACGAAGACUACAGCCUCUUCCGCAAGGUGUCGGUCUACCUGCUGACGGGCCUGGAGCUGUACCAGAACAGAAAGUACCAGGAGUCACUCACCUACCUGGUGUACGCCUACCAGAGCAACACCAAGCUGCUGCUGAAGGGAGCCAGCCGCGGCGUGGACGAGUCGCUGAUCGCCUUGUACCGACGCAAGUGUCUCCUGAAGCUGAACGAGGUGGCCGCAUCUCUGUUCGUAAGCCGUGAGGAAGCGCGUGUGGCAGAGGGCAUCAACAUCCUGAACGAGCUGAUCAUCCCCUGCAUGCACCUCAUGAGCAGCUUCGAGAUCUCCAAGGAGGACCUGGAUGCCAUCGAGGUCAUGAGGAACUGCUGGUGCUCCUACCUGGGACGAGAAGACAUGGAUGGUAGGCAGCGGCUGCUUUCGCCUCAUCCGUGCUGCUUGUGGGCAGGGCAGUGCCUAGGUCUGACCUAG